UUCUUCGUCAUCUGUCUACACGACUUGCUUCUUUGUCCCCAAGCUUAUACUGCUAAGAGCUCUUUAGGCUUGCUUAUCAUCGUCGCAUUAGAAACGCCGCCUACCAGCGAAGACACCACCCUCUACCUAGGUGCUCUUCACUCCCCCCUUUACCCAAGGGCCCUCGUGAUCGCUGCCACCGCCCUCCACGCUCGCUCGCCUCGAUACCUUUCUUCCCUAACUAAUCCCGAUGUCUUCUCCGCCUUGGGACUAUAUCGCCAAACUCGUAUGUAUCGGCGACUCGGGAUGCGGUAAAUCCUCCCUCACGAUCCGGCUCUGCGAGGGGCGCUUCAGCCCGCAGCACGAUGUCACCAUCGGCGUCGAAUUCGGGUCGAGGAUCGUGCCGGUCGGACCGCCGCACUCCAAACCAGCCGCCGCGCCCAAGGCCAACGGAGGUCUCCCCGAACCCCCGCGAGCCAACACCACGCCGCAGAAACACAUGAAGCUAUCGCUGUGGGAUACGGCAGGGCAGGAGACGUACAAAUCCGUAACGCGGUCCUACUUCCGUGGCGCCUCGGGUGCCCUCCUCGUCUUCGACAUAACGCGCAAGGCGACCUUCGCCCACGUAACCGACUGGCUCUCCGACCUUCGCGCGAUCGCGGACCCGGACAUCGUCGUCAUCCUCGUCGGCAACAAGCUCGACCAAGCGCAGCCCACCCCCGAUUCCCCCGACAACAACAACAACAACAACAACAACAACAACAACAAGCGCGAGGUCACGAAGCAGGAAGCCGAGGAGUGGGCGCGCCGCAACGGCGUCCUGCAGUACGUCGAGACCUCGGCCAAGUCGGGCGAGAACGUAGAGGAGGCCUUCAUGCGCGUCGCCGAGCGCAUCUUCGAGAACAUCAACGCCGGCAAGUACGACCUCAACGACCGCCGCUCCGGCGUCAAGGGGCCCGGGUCCGCCGCUGGGAAGCAGGUCAAGUUAUCCCCGGAUGCGGGUAGGGGGGCUGCUCUAGGCGGGUGCUGUUAAAAUAACUAAGUAACUACUGA